AUGGCGAGACAGCCCAGCAUGCAGCCAUCGGCGCACGCAGACGACGACCAAGAGGCUGCGCAACCCCCCCACGACAACAGCACCACCGAAAGCAGGCCGCUGCUGCGCGCAGCCUCACCACCCGGCACACCUCAACCCCAACCGUGCCACGACGCGACACAACAUGGCCAUGACGCCGCCACCGACGAGGAUGACGAGCUGACCGUCAUCGCCGAGGAAAUCUCGACGCUGCGGCUGUUCCUCAUCAUGGGCUCCGCCUGGGUCGGCGUCUUCCUCGGCGCCGUCGACUCCACCAUCAUCGCUACGCUCUCCGGCCCCAUCGCCAGCGACUUCCACUCCCUCAGCCUGCUGUCCUGGCUCGCGUCGGCCUACUUCAUCGCCAAUGCCGCCUGCCAGCCCAUCUCGGGCCGGCUGACGGAUAUUUUCGGCCGCGGCCCGGGCCUCGUCCUGAGCAACCUCUUCUUCGCCGCCGGCAACCUGCUGUGCGGCCUGGCCCGCGACCCGGCCACGCUCAUCGCCGGCCGCGUCGUCGCCGGCAUCGGCGGCGGCGGGCUCAUGAGCAUCUCGACCUUUCUCGCCUCCGACCUGGUCCCGCUGCGCCGCCGCGGCAUCGUCCAGGGCCUCGGCAACCUCGCGUACGGCUCCGGCGCCAUGCUCGGCGGCGUCUUUGGCGGCCUGAUCCAGGACCACACCCGCAUGGGCUGGCGCCUGGCGUUUCUGGUCCAGGUCCCGCCCGUGCUCGUCUCCGCCCUCGUCGUGUACCUCAUGGUCGACGUGCAGCCCAAGCAGAGCGACAAGACCCGGCUCGCCCGCAUCGACUUUGGCGGCGUCCUGCUCACCGUCUCGUUUCUUGUGCUCAUGCUGCUCGGGCUCAACGCCGGCGGCAACCUGGUGCCGUGGACGCACCCGCUGCCGCUCGCCACCAUCUCCGUCGCCCUCGUCCUCUUCGCCGUCUUCCUGUGGUGGGAGGGCAGCGUCGCACGCCAGCCCGUCAUCCCCGUGCGGCUGCUCGCUGACCGCACCGUGCUCGCCGCGUGCGCCACCAACUUUCUCGUCACCAUGCUCAUCAUGAUGGGUCUCUUUUACGGGCCGCUGUUUCUGCAGAUUCUCGGCAGCACCGCCACCACGGCCGGCCUGCAGCUGCUGCCCUCGUCCGUCGGCGCCUCGAUCGGCUCCGUCACCGCGGGGCUCGUCAUGAAGCGCACCGGCCGCUACUGGGCCAUGGGCGUCACCUGCACGCUGACCGUCACCGUCGGCGUCGUCCUCUUUGCGCUGCUCGACGCCACCACCCCCGUCCGGCUUUUCAGCGUCAGCUUCUUCCUCUCGGGCGCCGGCUACGGCGCCAUGCUCACCGUCACCCUGCUCGCCGCCAUUGCCGCCGUCGACCACGCCCACCAGGCCGUCGUCACCAGCGGCACCUACAUGGCCCGCAGCAUCGGCUCAACCCUCGGCGUCACUGUCGGCUCCGCCGUCUACCAAAACGUCCUGCAGGCCAGGCUGUGGGCGCGCUUCGGCGACCGGCCCGGCGCCGUCGACGAGAUUCGCCGCAUCAGGGAGAGCCUCGACGAGCUCAAGCGUCUGCCGCCUGGCUGGCACGACGGCGUCAUCCAGUCCUUUGUCGACGCCUUUCACAGCGUUUCACUCACCAUGCUUGGCCUAGCCAUAGCGGCGACGUUGACGAUUGCCCUGAUGCGCGAGCACAAGCUCCACAACAACCUAUCGAGAAGGUAG